AUGGCCUCUCCCGGCUCCGGCUUUUGGUCCUUCGGAUCUGAAGAUGGCUCUGGGGAUCCCGAGAACCCGGGCACAGCGAGAGCUUGGUGCCAGGUAGCUCAAAAGUUCACCGGCGGCAUCGGAAACAAGCUGUGCGCUCUGCUCUAUGGAGACUCUGAGAAGCCAGCGGAGAGCGGCGGGGGCCCCGCCCCUCGGGCCGCCACCCGGAAGGUCGCCUGCACCUGCGACCAAAAACCCUGCAGCUGCCCCAAAGCGGAUGUCAACUACGCGUUUCUCAACGCAACAGACCUGCUGCCAGCCUGUGAUGGAGAGAGACCCACACUGGCAUUUCUGCAAGAUGUUAUGAACAUUUUGCUUCAGUAUGUGGUGAAAAGUUUCGAUAGAUCAACUAAAGUGAUUGAUUUCCACUACCCCAACGAGCUACUUCAAGAGUAUAAUUGGGAAUUAGCAGACCAACCACAAAAUUUGGAGGAAAUUUUGACGCAUUGCCAAACAACUCUAAAAUAUGCAAUUAAAACAGGGCAUCCCCGAUAUUUUAAUCAGCUGUCUACUGGAUUGGAUAUGGUUGGGUUAGCAGCAGACUGGCUGACAUCAACAGCAAACACUAACAUGUUCACCUAUGAGAUUGCUCCUGUAUUUGUGCUGUUAGAAUAUGUCACACUAAAGAAAAUGAGAGAGAUCAUUGGCUGGCCAGGGGGCUCUGGAGAUGGAAUAUUUUCUCCUGGUGGUGCCAUCUCCAACAUGUAUGCCAUGCUUAUUGCUCGCUAUAAGAUGUUUCCAGAAGUCAAGGAGAAAGGAAUGGCCGCAGUGCCCAGGCUCAUCGCCUUCACAUCAGAGCACAGUCACUUUUCUCUCAAGAAAGGAGCUGCAGCCCUAGGGAUCGGAACAGACAGCGUGAUUCUGAUUAAAUGUGAUGAGAGAGGGAAAAUGAUCCCAUCUGAUCUUGAAAGAAGAAUCCUUGAAGUCAAACAGAAAGGAUUUGUUCCUUUCCUUGUGAGCGCCACAGCUGGAACCACUGUGUAUGGGGCUUUUGAUCCCCUCUUGGCUGUUGCUGACAUUUGCAAAAAGUAUAAGAUCUGGAUGCAUGUGGAUGCAGCUUGGGGUGGAGGAUUACUGAUGUCCCGGAAACACAAAUGGAAGCUGAGCGGGGUGGAGAGGGCCAACUCUGUGACAUGGAAUCCACACAAGAUGAUGGGUGUCCCUUUGCAGUGCUCAGCUCUCCUGGUUAGAGAGGAGGGACUAAUGCAGAGCUGCAACCAGAUGCAUGCUUCCUACCUCUUUCAGCAAGAUAAGCACUAUGACCUGUCCUACGACACUGGAGACAAGGCCUUGCAGUGUGGACGCCACGUUGAUGUCUUUAAACUAUGGCUCAUGUGGAGAGCAAAGGGGACUAUUGGCUUUGAAGCACAUAUUGAUAAGUGUUUGGAGCUGGCAGAGUAUUUGUACAAUAUCAUCAAAAACCGAGAAGGCUAUGAAAUGGUGUUUGAUGGGAAGCCUCAGCACACAAAUGUGUGCUUCUGGUUCGUGCCUCCCAGUUUGCGUGUUCUGGAAGACAAUGAAGAGAGAAUGAGCCGCCUCUCAAAGGUGGCACCAGUGAUUAAAGCCAGAAUGAUGGAGUAUGGGACCACAAUGGUCAGUUACCAACCCCUGGGAGACAAGGUCAACUUCUUCCGCAUGGUCAUCUCAAACCCUGCAGCAACUCACCAAGACAUCGACUUCCUCAUUGAAGAAAUCGAACGCCUGGGACAGGAUUUGUAAUCACCUCGCUCAUCAAACUGUUUAAAUUCUCUAGGUAGACAGUUAAGUUGUCACAACUGUGUAAAUGUAUUUGUAGUUUGUUCCAAAGUAAAACUAUUUCUAUAUUGUGGUGUCACAGUAGAGUACAGUUUAAAAAAAUCAAAACCAACAAACAUAAAAAAAGAAACAUCGCUCCUUUUAAAAAUCCUUUCUUAAGUUUAGAAUACCUCUCUAAUAAUUAGUGACAAAAGGCUAUGUUCUAAUCAGUAAGAGAAAGCAUAAAGUUGUUAUAAGUACUACCCUUUUAAUAUCAUAUGCCAACCCAACUUUGCUUUCACUUCAGAGCAGGAGUACUGACUAGUGCCAAAUCACCCCUGAAUCAUAAGAGGUUCUCUGGGUGCCGUGAAAAGGACAAAGUAAAUAUAAAAUGUAUGCUGACAAUACAAACUCUUGCCUUUUUCAUAGUAUUAGAAAAAAAUUUCUAAUUUACCUAUAGCAACAUUUCAAAUGUAUUUAAAUACAUAUAAUUUUACAAAAAGAAAAAUAUAUAUAAAAGAAAUCCUAUUUUGUAACAACAUAUAGAUUUUAUUUUAUAUGGGUUAUAUAAACUGCAGGGGCAGAUAUGAAACCUAAGCCAGAUUUAUUUCUUUAUUUUUUUCUCUCUCUCUUUCUUUUCACAGAGGCACAAUAAAACCGUUAGCAAGGUAAUUUUAACAUAGAAACCCACAAAAUUCUUUAAAAGUUUAAUAAUUUAUGUUAGUAUAUAUCAUGGCUUAUUAUAGUCCUAAAGACUAUAUUUCAAAACAAACACACACACACACACACACACAAAGAAACUUCUAAAAACAAUUGACCAGAUCAACAAUUAAGACUCUCUUCCUGUUUAGGCUUUGCACGAGUUGGCCCUAGAAUCCCCAGUUUAUAAGCCCUGCUUGGUCCCAGAUUCGGGCAAGCAUGUCUGUCCUGCUUUCCCCUGUAGCCUGAUUUGAACAGAAGGUUGAUAUUAGUUCUUGAAGUGUCUUUUCAAAGCAUAUUUCUUUUAUUAGAUCACUUGGAUUAAUUAGAAAAAACUAAAAAUAAAACCUAAUCAGCCCUAGCAAGGAGGAGUGUGAUGAGCUCAAAAUAUUAAACCCAGCCAUGGGAGAUGAGACCUCUGUGUGACAAUAAUGGCUUCAUCCCAAAUACCAUUCUGCUGCUUUCUGGGGAAAGGGUCAUUUGUGUCAUGUCUACUCUCUUGUCUGAAUUCCUUCUUCAUCCACACUUUAAAGUUUCUCCUGCUAGACUCCCUACCUCCAGACCCUCAAGAAGGAAUUAAUAUCCCAUGUGGAUGUUUUCCUUUUCUGAAAUGAGAUCCUCAUGCGAGCAGUUUCAAGAUAGCCUAAGACCCUUUAUCUGCCUCCCGUCAAAAUCCACAGUGACCAAGAUAUGCAGAGAUCACUAAAACUUAAAAUAGUAUUUUAAAAGUAAGCUUCUUUCCCUGUCAGCUGUAUGGAGAACUAUCCAUGAUAAUUUUAGAGUCACAUAUGACCUAAGUGCUGGUAGGAGAACUAUGGCCUUUUACAAACAAAUGGCAGGUACCGGUCUGGAAGCAUUCUUCCACUCCAAGUGGAUGGGCAUUUCAAAAUUCAGAAAGACUACAGGAACAAAGAAAGAGAGUCCUGUCCUCAGCUGUCACAUAUCUUCAUGACUUAGCCCCAGACCUUAUUUGAUCAGGCUGUGUGCAAACAGGCCUUUGCUGUCUAGAAAGCCAAAGGACUCCCCAGAGCACUGAAGAGAAAACUCCCUAUGCAACUGAGUUGCAUGAAGGAAUAGCCUCCCAUCUUAGGUACUCUCUAAUGGGCAAGUAGGCCUUUCUAGAAACUGGCUGUGGAGCCUCAGGCUCAAAGAUCUCAUUUUAUAGGAAGAGAUACUCUCUAUCAAACCCACUGUCCCACUUAGAGAAGGCAGAGGGCCUGGUGUCCUGAUAGACAGAAAAGCUUAGCCCUUAGGGGACAGACUUGGUAGCAGAAGCUGGCUUCUAGUUUGAUGAGAUGGCAAACUUGAAAAAGUAAUAAUGUCCAUAUAUGAGAUUUCAGCAAAAUACCUUUUUAAUGGAAUUAAAUCUAUCAUUUUAUUUACAGAUUCUUCCUCAAGUUUUCUAGGAGCUUUCCUUACAUACGGAAAUCUCUUCCCACUGUAUUCUAGAGAGGAAGGCCAAUGCUUUAAUUAGAUCUGCCAUCUACUUGAGAGAGGAGGGGAGGGAAGAUGGGAAGAAAAAUAAUGGAGGGAGAUUGCAUUGAACAUUGGUCCAAAUUCCCAGUGCCAAAGGUCUUUAUCUGUGAACUUUUUUUCUUUCAUUUAUAAAACAUUGGUUUCAGCUUUAAUCAGAAUUGAUGUGGCCAUUUUUAUUUACACAGCAAUAUUUCAUUUAUUAUUUAAAAUACUUGAAAAAAAGUGCAGUGUGUGUUUAUCUGAGAUCUCUAAAUGGUAUAGAGUGCAUGUACUGUCAUGGGAUUCAAGAAAAGAAAAAAUUGUAUGUGUAUGUGUGUAUGUGUGUGUAUGUGUGUGUGUAUUGCCUUUAGUACAUUGUUAGUACUGUCUUGUCACCUCAGAUUGGGGUUGUGCACUUUAUAUUGACUUGUGUGGUGUUGCAAAUCAACAUGUGUUGCUGUAAAAGCUUGCACAAUUGUCAGUAUGUCUUCUAUGUGGUAGCCAUAUUGAACUUUGAGCUUUGAGACCAUGAGAACUACAUUUGCAUCUGUUCCAGUUCUCACCUCUCUUCUCCCUCACCCUCUCACCCUGUCCCAAGCUGUAUGCCCUGUACAUCAGCUCUUAUAGAGAACAUAACCUCAGCUAAGCCCCACCCUAAGAAAUCUCUUUGUGAAUUCUGUGAUCGAACACAAAAUGUAAAGUGAACCCUGUUUCAUCUCUGAGGCUAGAGAAACCAAUUACAGAGUGUCACGAGCUGCUGACACUGCAGGUGUUGACUCUGUGGGGACUUGGAGUAGGUGCUGCUCCUCAGAACAUGGACAAAGGAAGCACAGGUGUAAAUAUAGCAGCAGGACAAAGAAUCAAAGACCAUCAAAUCAGGUAUCAUCUUGCACGUGCUUUUCUGUUUCAAGUGAUAAAUGCAAACACUGUGUAUUAAUUAGUUGUGUGUGCCAAGAUCUUGUUACCAAAUGGUGUUUCUAAAUAAUGUCAAUAUUUCCCCAGCACCCCUCUAUUGCUAAAGACAGAAUAAAAAUAAAAUAAACCAUACAGACAUGUGGCAACCUGUUCUUCCUACCAAGUAUAAACUUGUGUAUGAUCAAAGUAUUUUACCUGUGUUUUCUCUCUAAACCCAAAUAAAUGUGUAAAUGUGGACA